AUGGGAAUACGAAGUGUGGUGCGGUGGGUGGGUCAAGUGGUUGCGAAGUGGCACCAGAAGCCAUCGUCUCGUCCUCUCCCUUUGCAGCCCCACCUCCCAUCAACCAAUCAACGCCGAGCACCCGUGCUGAUGCAAGGCGACCAUGAGGCAUUUGCAACUGACCCCAUGCUGCAGCGCUUCUGCUGCCACACCCUUCCUCCUUGCCCCCAGCAUCACCCCACCAUCACCACUGACUCAUUGGAUGGCUCCACGACACGGCUCAAUGCACAAUGCAAAACUACCAUUGCGUACGAGGACGUGAAAUCGACUUCUGCAGAAAGUGUUUCAAGUGAGGACGCACCUUCACCAAAGCAGCAUUCUGCCUCAGGUGUUAUUGUCGAUGCCUCAGGCAAGAGAGUCUAUUACGGCAAAAGUGUUGCUGAUGACGCAGUCACGACUGGCGAGACUAGUGCUCAAGAGCAACUCACGGAAGGUUUAAAGACCACUUCCAUUGGAACGUCCACGGUUGAAGUUAGCAAGCCGGCUAUUGCUGAUGAAGCUGGUGCAACUGAACCUCAUGAUGCCACGCAGACUGCUGUAGUGACUGAGCAGGCUGCUGCAUCAGAUGAGGAUGAUAUUGAUGAAGAGCACGAGUCGAGCCACACUUCCACCAACACGACCAUACCAGAGGACUUCGAGGAGGCGUAUCAUACUGAAGCCGAGGGUGUGACUGCUGACGAAGCUGUUUCGAAAGCGUCUGAUAUCGAGGCAUUAGUUACUUCUAGUGAUUCUGUACUACCAGUCGGUGUUGCAGUUGAUGGCAGCACUGAGGUCCAGGCCAGUUCCGAAGCAGCGGCGAUUACGGACGACGUUGAAACAAAUGCAGCGCCAGGCCGUGUGGAAUCAGCCACCAGCGCAACCUCGACGGAUGACGCUGAAUCAGGGUUGUCAGCUUCAUUGGAUGACGUGACUACUAAAGGUGGUGAGGACAGUUCGAUUGAAGUUCGAGACGACUUGACAGAACCCGCACAAUCAAACGAGCCUCCAACCAAUGGAAGUGAGCAAUCCUCACUGCCCGGUGACUUGGAUGCAGCCACUACUGAGAGCCUUGGAUUCGACGAAACCUCGUUGACAGCUGUGCUGCGGGUUAGUUUCGAAGAUGUGGAGUUUAGAGCGAAGCAUGCUUUCUGUUUUAGCAACGAGCGGACUUGUUCCACUGUCGCCGUCAAUCGCUCUGGCCUCUGCUCUGCUCUGCCAAUUAAUUCUAAUGCAGUAAAACUAGUGUCUGCGCUCUCUGCUGCUCUUGUCGUCUCGAAUUACGUAACCCCUUUCUCGAAGUAG